AUGCACAACUUGACCUACUACCCCGCGCCCAACCCGGAAAACGCGACCGGCGUCCUGGUGGUGCCCGGCGGCGGCUACGGUUACGUCAAUUACGACAAGGAGGGCAUUCAGCCAGCAAAGUGGCUCAAUGAGCGCGGAUUCAAUGCUUGGGUUCUGAAUUACACCACAGCCGGCACAAGAGCCACGCCCAUCUACCCAGAGCCCAUGAAGGAGGCUUUGGCGGCCGUGAAAUGGAUCAAGGACGGAUGUUCGCCCCGCAAAUUGGGGAUAUGGGGUUGGAGCGCCGGCGGCCAUCUAAGUGCCAUCACAGCCACCCACAACGAAGCCCCCCAACUUCUGGACUUUGCGAUUCUUGCGUAUCCCGUCAUCUCGAUGGAUCCGAGCAUCACCCAUCUCGGCUCCCUCCACAACCUGCUGGGCCACAAGGCCGAUGAACAUCUUAGAGAUUCCAUGUGUGCCGAAACUCGUGUCACCAAGGACACGCCUCCCGUUUUUCUUUUCCACACGGCCAACGAUGGAGCUGUGCCUGUGCAAAACGCACUGGUCUUUGCAUCAGCUUUGGCGAAACACGGGAGACCCCUUCAGCUCAUGAUCUUGCCUGACGGGCCGCAUGGUGUCGGCAUGGCACUGGACGACCCCAAGCGCACCUGGACCGACCAGCUUGACCGCUGGCUCAAGGAGUUUAGCACCGCCAACGACACCGAGUAA